UUCUUUAAGCUUAAAUUAGAUUUGAAAACAAAAAUAUUUAAACUUAAAUUAAUAAGAUUAAUCUAAAACAACUUCCGGAAGAGACUGCAGUUGCAGAGGCCUGCUUCUGGUUCUAGUUAUCAUCCAGCUCUUCUCCCUUUUGCUUUUGCAGAAGCCUCUCCUGGUUUUGUUGCACCCCACCGUCAGGAACCUCCAUUCACAACCAGCCCCAUAUAGAAGACAAAACAAAACAAGCUCUCAAUCCUUGUUUUUUCUUCUCCAGAUUUCUUCCUUUGUUUUCUAAUGGCUGCCGUUUUUUACUUUAGGAAUUGUCUCCCCAUUUUCCUAAUUUCACUUCUCCUCCUUCACCGAGCCCAAUCGGAGCCUUCCGCCGACAAGGAAGCUCUCCUCGAUUUAACGAGCUCUCCGGCGACUUCCCGGUCAGCGUGACUCAGUUGACUCGGUUGACUCGACUCGACCUCUCGUCCAACAACUUCUCUGGUUCGAUUCCGUUUUCGGUCAAUAACCUGACCCAUUUGAGUGGACUGUUUCUGGAGAAUAAUGGAUUUUCGGGUUCGCUGCCGAGCAUUCCUGCACUUAAUUUAACGGGCUUCAAUGUCUCGAAUAACAAGCUUAAUGGAUCCAUUCCUGAAACCCUAUCGAAAUUCUCUGCUGCAUCAUUCGCCGGAAAUUUACAACUCUGCGGCGGUCCAUUGCCGUCGUGCAACCCGUUCUUCCCCUCCCCAGCUCCGUCACCGACGUCCUCCGUGAAACCACCACUAAUUCCCGUCGAGAAGAAGUCCAAGAAGCUCUCCACCGCCGCCAUUAUCGGAAUUGUCGUCGCCUCUGCUGUAGUCGCAUUUAUAUUGUUGUUCCUCCUCAUAUUCUGCCUCCGAAAGCGCGAGCGUAGACAGCCGGCGAAGCCGCCGAAUCCGGUGGUUGCCGCUCGAUCCGUGCCUGUUGAAGCCGGCACGUCGUCUUCGAAAGACGACAUUACCGGCGGAUCCGUCGAGGCUGAGAAGAACAGAUUAGUUUUCUUCGACGGUGGGGUUUACAGCUUCGAUUUGGAGGAUUUGUUGAGGGCUUCGGCGGAGGUUCUGGGCAAAGGAAGCGUCGGAACGUCGUACAAGGCGGUGCUGGAGGAAGGAACCACCGUCGUAGUGAAGAGAUUGAAAGACGUUGUGCUGGCGAAGAAGGAAUUCGAAACGCAAAUGGAAGCUCUGGGAAUUGUGAAACACGAGAAUGUGGUUCCUCUCAGAGCAUUCUACUAUUCCAGAGACGAGAAAUUGCUCGUCUCCGAUUACAUGUCCGCCGGCAGCCUUUCCGCUUCACUUCACGGGAGCAGGGGAUCAGGCCGUACGCCACUUGACUGGGACAACCGGAUGAAAAUCGCAUUAAGCGCGGCAAGAGGCCUGGCUCACCUCCACGUGUCGGGAAAACUCGUCCAUGGCAAU